AUGUAUGCCUUCGUGAGGACGAUCAAUGAUAAUGAUGAGAACCGUUGUAGUGGUGGUCACGGUAAUGAUGAUGAUGAUGAUGAUGAUGAUGAUGAUGAUGAUGAUGGUGAAGAUAGUGGUGAAUCGACACACUCACUCAAACUGAACAAAGCCAAACCAUAAAGUUUUAUUUCGUUCAUUCAUUAUCGAAAGAAAUCAAAGAUAGUAUUUUUCGUGAGUGUCAUUUCCGAACAAAAACUCUUUCAGUCAUUGAGUUGGAUGACUCAGUUAGACUGUUGUCGCAAUUGUCUAACCUAAAGGAGAUUAAAAUCGUUUGAGUCGUCAGUGUCUUUGUGAACCCUGCAAGAGUUUGUCUCUUUAAUUUAGACGAUGUAUAUUUGGCUGUAAAUCGAAACCUGAAUAUAGUUUAAUCUUUUGCGAAAAUACCUGCAGGAUAACCCAUUCGAACAAAAAAAUUCUUUUUCAAAAGCAUUGAGUUGAAUGAACUCUGCAUAUGAAAGUUAGGGAUGCUGUCGUCUCGCUUGGGGUGUAAAUUUUUUUUGGUCUCACUUAGGGUGUUCUGGGCAAAACGCCAUCAAAGAAGGUCUCGUUUAUUAAAAAAUAUUUGAGAUUGUCUGUGUCAACAUGGUCUUUUUAGGGGUCACCCUGCAAAAGUUUUCUUUAAAAUUUCCGACGAGCUUUAAUUUGUGGAGACGAAAUGUAAACUAUUUAAUUUGAAUUAAAUCGAAACCUGACUUAGACAACAGUUUGAGUAAAUGCUGUGCUUUGCUCUUUUUUUACUCUUUCGUACUCAUUUCACUGAAGUUUAAAUUUAUUUCCGGAUGUUUACGCCGUUAUUUAGCUUCCAGCAUUUUGUGCUUAAGACGCCGUUAGGGAAACUCAUUAGGGGAAAUUAUAGCCUUCUUUCGAAGUGUCAGUGGCCUUUUAACGCGCCACAUCAAAGGACGCCGUCACGCGUUUGACUGCUUUGACUAUGCCUACAUGCCAAGAUAAAGAUAAUAACAAACAAUAGUAUACGAAGCUGAGCACUUAACCCUUCCCUUUGUGGCUCACGUAUAUUACUUGGUAAGCCUGAGGGUAUGACGUUAAAGAGGCUGUUUACAUUGCAUGGAAAAAUGCAGUUGGCGAAGCUUCCGGGCAAGCGGGGGCUGCUCAACAAAGUUUUAUGCGGGGUGGCUCUACUCUGAUGUCCAACGCCUUAUCUUUUUACGUACUAUUUUUGAGAGAAAAGGUAUCCCUUUUGUAUACCCUCUAUUGACAAAUGUUACCCCUUUCACAUACUUGGUGCUGCAUCCCUUUUAACUGCUGUAAAUACACUGUCUUUCUAAUACGAGAAAUCACUUAACCACGACGUUUUUUUUUUUACCUUUUCACAGCCAUAAAAUGAGUCUGUAAUCCCUACCCUGUUAUAUACCUCACGCCUGGGGCUUGAAAAUGGUAAUCCUUUCGGCGGAGCCAUUAUAGGGGGUACCCCCUUGGCUAAAGUUUUGAUUUGCGGCAGUUUUAGUGAUAAGACUUCCAUUAAGGUGCUUUUAAAAGAGGGUGCAAAGGGUAUCUGAAGCUACGUGCUUUAUGAUCACCUAAUAAGGAAUUCAAUGUGACCAUCUGUUGGGCGAUUCUCUCACCCGUCAAUUAAGUAUUAUCAAUGUCUGACAGAGUGCUAAGAGUAUCCUCUGCUACGUGCUUUAUGAUAACCUAAUCACUUGUUUACGGGGGCCACGCCUAUCAAACAUUAUUGGGAUUAUACAUGUUCCAAGAUCAUCUUGGAAGCGGGUCACACUAAGCUAGCUACUAAGCUAACUCGUUCAACGUUUACCAAAGUACCCAAAGAGAAGAAUGAUUCGUUUGCCCUCUCUGGUUACUUUCGCCAUUUUGCUUGCUUAUUCCUUUGGAACGGCACAAAAACAAUCUGCUCAACAGGUAUUGCUUUGAACAUAAUAGCAGUUGCAAUUUGAAAACGUUUUAUUUUCCAUUGCAAAUUCUAGCUUCAGCUCCAACUUGUACACGACAUCGGUAAAGGUUAAGGUGAAGUCAAACCUUCUGUCUUCCAAAUGAUGCCAUGAAUUUACGUGUAGUGCCAAUUGUUUGAUAUAAUCUCGCGAGAUUCUUCAUUUGUUGAUAUUUUUCAAGUCCAUUCCUGAUUGUAAUCAUAAAACAGAACAGAGACCCUUUGUAAUUCCGACGCACUUUCUUUAUUUCGUCUUUUUCUUUGGCAGCCGACCGAUGGGUCACCAGCAAAGGAAAACAGCUGCCAAACUCUACAACAACAUACUUGCUGUAAAGAUGGUAAGAGACAACUUUAACUGAUUUUCCGUUAACACCUUACUCCAUUCUGAAGCUUCAAAAUUUUAAUCAGUACAACGAUGAAGAAGAAUCACAAAUUUUACGUUUCUUGUUUUGUUUCUUGACCGCCUAUCAGGAAAAGACGGCAAAGAUGGCAGAAACGGUGAGUUGACAUAAGGACAGAUCACACGUUCUUAAGUUAUAACAAUCUAAUUCAUGGAAAUUUACAGAGGGGUUUGGUCCAGGUAUACUGUUUAUUUGUCUGCAUGCGUUUGUAGAUCAUGUAAGGAAAGGGUCACAGAGCUUCACAGCCAGUUGUUCUUUAUAUGGGUUUCGGAAAUAAAAGAGUCUCGCAUAGAUCCUUGGGAAUUGAAACGAAUUGCCUUCCCAUAAGUCUGUCGCGCUUCACCUUGAAACACGAAUAGAUUUAUUAUACCCAGUCCCCACGAAAAAAAAAACGGUAAUGUACGACUUCUAAAAUCCCAUUUUCGUUUUCCUCAACUUAUUUGCCUUUACUCAAUUCAUCUUUUUUUUUCUGUACAUACAGGAAAAGACGGGCGCGAUGGGUUACAUGGUAGAGUAUAUUACUAAGUGAUAGUAUUGCUCUAAUGCUUUAGGAAAUCACGAUUAGGUCUCAUAGUCUGUCCCUGCUCAGCAAAACAUACGAUAAAUAAUAAUAUAGUAUAUAGAAUGAUAUGUGUGGAGAGUAAAACACAGAAAAAUUCUGAGUUCCAGAGGAGAAUUAAACCCAUAACAUUCCAAACUUGUUGGAGGCCCUAACUUCUGCGUUACUGAGCAGAUCAUUUGUGGGCAUACGAGCGCGUCACGCAAUCAUAUUAUUUCAAAUGAUAAAAGUUAUUUGAUAGAACAGUAUAAAAUGAAUUUUAAAUAUUAAACUAUAUUUAGUAAUACGUAUAAAUAUGGUGGAAUAUGAUCGUUCGGGUGUGAGCGCAAGUGUAGUCCUGAAUAGGACUUAAAUUGACAGUUACUGACGUUCCGGCAACUUGCGCGGUUCUCCUGUAAGAGUCAAGUACUCUUGAUCUUUUGUCUGAUAUCAUGCAAACUUUUAAACAGCUCACUCUCAAGGACAACAACAAGACUGGUAGUCUCCAAGUGAAACAAAGAUGGGGUGGGUCUUACCCUAGAUCCAGAGGUCCAUUCGAAAUACCUAGGAUCAGGCACCUGAUAGGAUGAAAUAACCCGUGCGCAUGGGACUUUCAAGAAUUAGGAAAGAAAAAAAAACCGGCUGGUUGGCUGGCACCCAGGGUAGGUGCGCAUGCUCCUAGGGUCGCGCUGGAUCAUGAUCCAUUAUAUUCUUACGUUUAUUUGUUUUGCUUUGUUUUUAGACUAAAAGUUGACUAAAACUUUAAUUUCUAAACUGAUUAUCCACAAAUAGGAUUUUCCAUCAAGCCAAGAAUGAAUCGCAUUUUUAUUUCAAACCAGUAUAGUAAGAAAGGCCAAACUUUUCAUAGAUAGAAAGCCGGGCAUUUAAUUUUUUUAUUUCAGCAUAAUGGAACUAAACCCCCCCCAAAAAAUACUGAAACGAACAGAUACCGAAAUUAUGAAAAACAAGACGACAUUAGUCUUUUAUCUCUAAUGUUACACAGUUUGACGUGGAUUAUUUUUCGGCCCAGAGGUAACAGCGCGGUAAUGAUCCUCAGAGUUACAGUUAUUCAGAAACAUGGAAUAUUUUGAGGUCAAAAAGCAGUUGAAUUUUUUUGUCAAGAGGAAGGGUUUAUCCGCCUGGAUUUAACCUUUCUCCAUCUUCUUUCUUCAUCUUUGUUACUAUAUUUAGAUUUCAUGCUGGCAACAGCCCUAUCAGGACUCCUGAAUCCUAUUUUUAAGUUUACUAUGCUUAUUUAGUAUUAUUUUUUUUCACACAGGGAAAGAUGGUCGUGACGGACGUGAUGGGAGAAGUGGAGCGAAGGUUAUUAUGUCAUUGUUAUGAAGGUGGCCCGAAUGUGUAUUAUAGAAGCGACCUGUGCUAAUUUGCCUCAGUAAGUAACAUACCACGUUCUCGUUUUAUUUUUCCAGGGUGAAAAAGGUGAAUCAGGCAUUCAAGGAAGAGAUGAAAAGGUUUGCAAAUUACCCCUUGCUAUAAUUACUGAGAAAAAUAUCAUAAAAAUAUCUUUGACUCUGAAGAUGACUACCGCACAGGUUGUCGAAACGUCAAUCACUGUCAACAACAACAGUCCUUCUUAUUAGAACUGAUCAAAUAACCUAAUUUGAAAAUGGGUUCAAGCCUUUCAAAAAUUUUGAUGGGGUGGGUAGAUGUUUUAGAUUGCAAAAAGAACGAACGAAUUAGAACAAAAGAAUGUUAAGGAUUUUAAAAUGUUUUACAAAGAACGAACGAAUUCGAUCAAAAGAUGUGGAAUUCUAAGCUUUGAACCAAGCUAUUGCUUUCUUUUAGCUACCUUUCUAUUUCAACGCAAGCUGUUCUCUUACGUAACACCCAAAUGAGCGAGUCAUCUAUAAGUAAUUAAUUUUGAUUUGUUAAAAGGGCGAGAAAGGAUCUCCUGGAGACAAAGGAGAACAGGGACCGAAAGGAGUGCCGGGAAUAUGUGGCAGGCAGAUAUUGAGAUAGACUGGGAAGAAGAAAGUCUUUUUAAUAAGUUUUCCCUACAGAGCAGUAAAGUCGAACCCCGCUCAUUACAGACAGGCAUUAAUGCAGACAACGAAUACUUUUUUGAGAUAAUUACUGUAGAAAGUGAACCUCGUUUAUUUGAACCCUCUGUUGGUAACUGUUUGUUGUAUUGAGAUAUGCGGUUCGUGAGGGUAUAAGCCCUGGUGGACUCCCAUAUUAAGAGAAAGGAAUUAUUCUUCGUCUCUUUAUAAGUGUGUAAAUUGGAAAUUUUAGUCAUACUUGUACUCAAUUCAAAAUAAUGAAUUGUGUGUAAUUCCUCUUAACAUCUUUCAUCACAGGGCAAGUUUGCUUCCAGUACAACAGCCAGUUGUAAAACUGGUAAGUAACUUCAUUUACACUAAGUGGAUCUUUUUUCACAUUGCACUUGCAGUCUGUCCUAUAACUAUUGUUUAAAAAUUAUUACCUCUGAAUCGUAAUCCACUUAUUUCUAGCUAAUAGUUGCCGUUCUUCAAUAAUUGUUUUUCUUUCUUUUUUAUUUUGAUAACUUGUAUGAAUUUUCUAGAAUUAAAUACAACGUACACUGGGCUGUGUGCAUCAGUAUGAUACGCAAACUGUGUAAGGUUGUGUAUGUGUGUCGUGUAUAAAUCUAGUUCAUGUGUUGAAAUGUUUUGUGUUUGAGAAACCUCAAUGAUUUGGUUUUUGUUUUCCGGUUUUCGUUUCUCACAAAUUAAACUGAAUCGCAGCCUCGCUAUAAAUUUAACCAAGGUCAGAGUUAAUAUCGACGGCUAAUAGAUCAAAAUGAAGUGAGUGACUCAUGAUGAACCACGCCCUUCAUGAAACUGUUGGAUAGUCUUUAGGCCUUAUUAUUGCGCACGACCUAUGUGUUUUGGGUCACGUGAUCACUACAUCACCAGAAUACACAAUGAAAACUACGAACAAAACCGCAGAUCAACUAUCACCACUCCCUUUUGUAUUUGAAGUUCGCGUCUAUUUAUGAACUCUUGUAUUAACAAUGGAAUAAAACCUUGGUUAAAUUUGUAUCUAAUUACUUGUUCCAGCCCUCCUUUAUUUUUUAGGUUUAAUUAGAGAAAAGAUUUUAUUUGGACCAAUCUCAUUCCAGCUCCCUAUACUAGCCGAUUUCUUGUGCAUAACAUAUAAAUGACCUCCUCUAAUGGCAAGGCCUCCACUAGCCUGGGUAUCAGGCGUUUCUGGGGGAAAAGGGGAAAGAUGGAAGUGAAAAGGGGAGAGAGAUGAAGGAGAGAAACACCUUCCCUUCUCUUCUGCCCCUCCCCCCUCCUCCAUCUAAAAUCUCCUCUCCCCUAGCCCAAUAGGAAGGCCUGAUACUCAGGCUAGGCCUCCACUUAAGAUAAAGACAGUUCAAAUAGAAAUUGCUUUUCCACGUGUCUUUUUUUUUUUUACAAAGAAUACGAUGCUGGUUUUCACUUCUUUGAGAAAGUUCAAGGUCUACCAACCCGAGGAGCUUCUGGUGUCGAACAUUUUUUCGUCAACGGGACUCUGUUUCUCGCUUUUGCCAACUACUAUGGGGACAUCCGCAAGUACAGGACGAGUUCCACGAUCUACAGGAUGGACGAAUCAACUGGAAGAUUAACUUCGCAUCAAACCUUGCAAACAAGUGGAGCUUUUAACAUUGAAUACUUUACGAUCUCUAAUGAACAUUUCCUUGCCGUGGCCAAUCAUUACGAUGGAACUCGCCUGAAAUAUUCCAUAAUUUACAAGUGGAAUGGAAAGCUGUUUGUCGUCGUUCAGAGAAUACCAACAAAAGGAGCAAGUCACUUUAAAUUUUUCGCUAUAAAUGAUGACAAAUACAUUGCAGUGACAAAUUACAAUGAUGGUAGUACCUAUUCCAUAAAAUCAGUCAUCUACAAAUGGAGUGGCGGCCGGUUUAACAAGUUUCAGGAGAUAGCAACAGAAGGUGCAAGAGGAUGCGAGGUGCUUAUAAUUAACAAUAACACUUUUAUCGCGUUUGCAAACUAUUAUAACUCCCAAAAGAAAAAUUCUGUUCAUUCGACUGUUUUUAAGUGGUCAGGAGGUCACUUUGUCAAAGUACAAUCUCUUCAGACUUAUGGAGCAUGGGGUGUGAAAUCCUUUCAAAUCAAUGGUCACACAUUCCUUGCCUUUGCCAACUACAAAUCUGGAAGAAAAUUCACUACCGACUCCUUCAUUUUCAAGUGGAACGGCAACAAAUUUGAUUUGUUCCAGUCCAUUCCUACACGUGGAGCCCGAACAUUGUAUCCAUUUGUGAUCAGGGGUCAAACGUUUUUGGGUGUGGCCAAUUAUUUUGGUGACAGCCAGAGGUUCAAUACAAAGUCCGUUGUGUACCAGGCCUCCGGCUCGCGGUUCGUCAUCUACCAGGAGAUUCCAACUCAGGGAGCAUCUGACAUAACUUCAUUUGAGUACAAAGGUGAUACGUACCUGGCAGUGUCAACUUAUUCCAACGGUCAGAAAUACAACACCAACAGCGCUUUGUACAAAUGGAUGUAGAGCGAUAAUUACACGAACUAGAUCCGAGAAGUAAUAGAUCUAAUUCAUACCCAUAUGGGUAAAAUAAUCUGCUGACUUUUAAAUAUUAAAUAAAUUUAAAUAAGUAGUUUUUGAUAAGCUGUAAAAUAUAUAUAUGAGACGUUGAAGCACGA